CGCCGUUCGGUCGAUAUUUCAGCCGGCUUGUGAUUGUGAUUGUUAAACAUCCGCAAUGGUGGAUUACGGAAAAGAGUUUAUGUUGUACCUGAUGGAUGAAAAGUGCUACGACAAGUACUUCGUAGACUUUGACCUGCUCGAUGGCGACUGCUUCCGUGCGCUCCUCAGCAAGGGGCUCGGUUUCGGCAUCAUCGCCGGAUCGGUGCUGGUGAAGGUGCCGCAGAUUACAAAAAUUGCUGCAAACAAAUCCGCCCGUGGCAUUAGCCUUUUCAGCGUCUGCCUCGACCUAUUUGCCAUUACGGUUCACAUGGCGUACAGCUUCGUGAAUGGGUUCCCGUUCAGUGCCUGGGGAGAUACGGCAUUCCUUGCACUGCAAACGGCCAUCAUCGCCAUGCUUGUCCUGUACUACGGUGGUUCUUCGGCAUUGUCGGUGGCGUUCACGGCUGGCUAUUCAGCUCUGGUGUACGUGCUCAUGGGCGGGCUGACACCUUUAAAGUAUCUGCUGAUUGCUCAAGGUUUCAACGUUCCCAUCCUGCUGCUCGGCAAGCUAUCGCAGGCAUUCACCAACUAUCGCAACGGUAGCACCGGUCAGCUGUCCGCAGUGACGUGCUUUAUGCUGCUGGCCGGUUCAUUGGCUCGAAUUUUCACGUCAAUUCAAGAGACCGGCGAUCAAAUGAUGAUCAUCACCUACGGCUCGUCGUCCUUCGCCAACCUGGUCGUUGCGCUGCAGGUGCUGUACUAUUGGAACUCCGACAAGCAGAAGAAAGCCGCAUCGACUGCUCCGGCGAAGAAACCAAAGGCCAAGAGCAAGAAAACGGAUUAGAGGAAGACUGUAAAGCUCGACUAGUCAAUAUGCAGUCUUAGUUUUGAUUUUUUUUCACAUUUCGUUCGUUAAAAUGCGUGAUUUCCAGUGCUUUUGCUAUCAGCCGUACCGUUUGAGCUGAUUUUCACAAAACUAGCGUGCACGUGUUUAAUAUUAAGAUGGAAAAGUUAGGCAUUUCCAAUCGACAAAAGACUAUUGAAAUGACAAAAGACGAUUAUGGGAGAUGCUUGCGUUCGCAGCAUCGCACAUAGCGUUUCGAUGCGAUGCAAGUUUGUAGUAAAAUAAAUUACCAACAA